CAAUAUAUUUAAUACAGCUUAACAGGCUUCAACUGGCGUAGUGAUCAAUCACAUACACCAGUUGACAACGUCACGCGAUUAGGUAGCGUACCUAAUUUGCUCUGGGUACGCAAUUUUUAAAAUGGCUUUUUAUUUGUUUAACAACGGAAGUGCAAAGGAUGUUGCAAGUUUAAGACUCUCAGGUUAAUCGUUGCUGCGCAUUGAUUUUGCGGUAGAAAAGUUGGGGAUGUUUUGAAUCGUGAACCGCAAACCCAAUGAUUGAGCUUCUAGAACAUUCAGAAGAACAGCUCUGUAGAAGAUGGAAAGCAAGAAGAAGCAGUCCCAGUUGUGAAACAGCCAGAAAAAGAAAAACGUACUCAGAACAUUGAAGAACCUCACCCCUACAUGGCAGAAUAUGAACAACAACUUGUUAACGAUAGCAAUAUUUCUGUUGAUGAUUACAUAAAUCCUUCGUUUGCACAAAGCUUACACAACAGUAGCUUUCCAACAGACACUGGACAUAAGCAUGAAGAGUUAGCAGCUGUUCAACCUAACUCCACUACCACUGAAAUUUCAGAAGAUUCUAGUGAAGUUACUGAUGCCCGGGAUUUUGCAGAGCAGUUUACAGAACCGAUUCACCAGUCAAAAGAUGAACAGCCUAACAAUGAACGAGUUGUUGAGACUGAGCAGAUGGAGGAAAAAACUGCUGAUCUGGAAGAUACAGAACCAUCAAGUGGACAGUCUGAGGAAAACAUAGAAAAUGCAGCUUUUGCAGCACUACAUAGCACUAAUUUGACAGAAAAUGAAGGAAGCAACUUGUCAUUCUCCAACGAUCAACCAAGCACAGACCUCACUGAAAAGACACUUGAAGAAAAAAACAGCAUAAAUACAGAUGACCAGGUUGCUGUUGAAGAUGUGCAAAUGGAUAACGAAAGAGAACCAGAAAAUAGAGAUGAAAUGGACAAUAACAGCAACAACAGUAAGACAGAAGAGGAUAUGAAGGCUGACGAAGUUGAAGAUGAAAAAGAAUCUGCUAUAACUAAUGUUUUGCAUACUGAUUUUAAUGAUGAAGCAUUAGAUUAUAGUGAACAGGAUAUGAGGGACACUGCUAAUGACAAUAAAUCUACGGAAGUGAAUGAUGAGACAACAAGAGAACAGCCAGCAGAAGAAGAAAAAAGUGAAGAUGUAGAAGAAGGAGAACUACAGACAAAUCUUAACGAGACAGUUGAAGACGAAAAAGUAACUUUACACGGGGCUGAUGACGAAUUCGUGGAGCAUGUAAAACCUAAACCAAAAGUGAUUGUUCCUGUAACACUCAAGAAGAGAGUUUCCCUAACAUCAUUGAAUGAAUCUGCUGAAGAGAAAGCUGCAAAACGAAAACGACGUUGGGGUUCCACAUCGAUUAAUCAAUCAUCUGUCACCAUCAGUACAGAUUCUAUAAAGAAACUUAUUCCUGACGUGAAGGUAGAUGCAUCUGCUCUUGAGAAUGUUCCAGAGUUAGACUAUCAAGAAGAUGAAGAGGUGACAGAACAAGAUAGCAUGGAAAUUGAGAAUGUCGAAGGCAAAAAUAAACAGUCAAGAUCUGGAAGAACUGUAAAACUCGAUUCUGCUAAGAAAGUUAUUCUGGGAAAAUCACUAAGUAGCAACACAGUUGUUAUUGAUUCUGACUCAGGAGAGGUACCUACAACCCAAACUCGUUCAGUUCAUCCCAUACGCAUAGAUGAUGAUACGGAGGAGCAGGGCAAGCGAGAAAGGUCGCCAAGUCCUGCAAAAAAUGCACCUUCGUGCUACUUGCACAUCGAGAACUUGGUGCGUCCAUACACAGUGAAUAAUUUGAAAGGUUUGAUACAGAAAACAGGAACGAUCAAAGAUAAUAAAUUCUGGAUGAAUAACAUCAAGUCACAUUGUUAUGUUAUGCUUUCUUCCGAGGAAGAAGCCAAUACGACAAGAGAAGCCAUGCACGGUCUGAGAUGGCCAUCUGGAAAUCCGAAAAUACUUAAAGUGGACUUUGCUGUUAUGGAGAAGAUGUUCGAAGAUACUAAUGGAACAGUUGGUGAACAGCCUAAGGUUGUUAUAGAAAUAGACGACAAAGAAAACGACUCUACGAAGGAACACAAGGAGAAGGAGGAAUCCACGCAACACAAGUCUCGUGAAAACGAGCGGAAAAGGAGAAAUGAACGCUCUGAAAAACAUGCGACCAAAGACGUGAAAAAUAAAGCAGACAAAGCCGAUAAAAAGAGAGAGGAAAGUCCUGCAAAACUAUUAGACGAUUUGUUCAGAAAAACAAAAGCCACACCGUGUAUAUAUUGGUUACCUUUGACGGAUGCUCAAAUUCUCGAAAAAGAGAAAAAAGCUAGCGACGGUCCACGUGACGCCGUACACGGCAGACGAAACGAAGAAACACACGGAAGACGAAACGAAGAAACACACGGAAGACGAAAUGAAGAAGUAACUGGUCGCAGACGCUCGCCUUAUAGAAGACCUCCGCAAAACAGAGAUAGAAGUUGGCGUUGACUCGCUAAACUUUAAAGAACGUUUCAUUAAUAGAAAUAUACAAAUCCGUGUAAUGACAACACGAUUUUGAUGCUAACCCGUACCCCUUGAGGUACCACAAAGAACAAAGUGGAACGUAAUGGUAGUAGUGAAUGACAUUUUUUUCCGAAAAAAAGUAACUAAUUUUUAUUAAUUUUACCAAAUUUUAAGAAUUACUGUGAAGCUUCAUCCACAGAUUGGUGAAGAAAAUAGUUUUUUUUGUGCGUGAGUUUAAAAAAGUGUUAGUCGUAUGUGCCAUCUUUAAGCCAUUUGAUUUCUUACACAUUGGUGCUGAAAAUCAUGAAUUUUAAUGUUGUUUUUAACAAGUGUAUUUUCAACUUGAAAAAGAAUAAAAUCGCUUACUUUUAUAUAA